AUGCACUGGGUGAAAUUUAAACAAUUAAGAAAUCAAAUAGUAUCUCAGAUUAAAGAGGCGAAAGCUAUUUAUUACUCUAAAUUAUCGGACAAACUAAAACAGGAAUCGUUAUCUUCAAAAGACUGGUGGAAAAUAUUAAAAUCUUUUAUCUCACCUACACAGACAACGUCAAUUCCCCCAUUACAAAAUCAAAACACCCAGGAAAUUGUAUUCUCUGAAAACCAAAAGGCAAACCUAUUGAACGAAUAUUUCUUACAUCAAACCUAUAUUGAUAAUUCUGACUCAAAUGUUCCUGACCUAGGUCCACAAACAACGUCCACUGUUAUAAACGAUCUUUUACUAACUGCAUCUGAAACUGAAGAUAUUCUUAAAUCUCUUAAAGUCGACAAAGCAUCUGGACCAGAUGGUAUUAGUCAUAAAAUUUUGCGUGAAGCCGCAAAAGAACUCUCUAUUCCUUUAACUAAUCUGUUUAAUCACUCUCUAUCUUGCUGUAAAGUACCAGCUUCUUGGAAGGAAGCCCAUGUUACUGCUAUCUUUAAAAAGGAUUAUUUAAGCUGCAGACGUCAGUGUGUUGUUCUAAGAAAUGCCGAAUCUUCUUGGGGUGUUCUCUCAGCUGGUGUUCCACAAGGUUCGAUCCUUGGUCCUUUACUUUUUCUCAUCUACAUAAAUGACAUAGUCCAAGAUCUUCAAUCCAAUCUUAAUCUUUUUGCUGAUGAUACCAGUCUCUAUCUUGUUAUUGAAAACCCACAAACUGCAGCACAACAAUUACAAUCAGAUAUUGAAAUAAUAGCUGCAUGGGCAGAAAAAUGGCUUGUCACUUUCAAUCCGUCUAAAUCAGAAUCCCUUAUUGUCUCUAGAAAAAGAAAUUCAUAUCACCAACCACUUCAAAUGCUUAAUCAAACUAUACCUGAA